CAACGAGUUUCGAGGUUGAUUUCGUCUCGUGUGCAUAUUGGUACAUCGGAACCCUAGGAUCGCCUUUCCUGCGAGACUGAUCAUUUCGACCAGACAUGAUCCCCAUAUCGCGCGACGGGACUUUGGAAGCUAGUACUUCCAAAUGUCCGAUAUCCCUGCCGCCGUUCCCCUUCAUACCGACAGAACUUCCCAUACGCACACCCAGAAACCAGCACAGCGUUUUUAGUAGACAUCAAUCCAACCACAGUGUCUACUUCUUACCAAGCUCUUUGGAGGUCAAUGUCGACGGAUCUUCGAAAUCCCCAAGAAAACCAUUUCAUGUCCCUCGCGAAUUCCAUUCCAUGGUAGCUGGAGCAGGUGCAGGAUUAGUCUCGUCAAUCGUCACUUGCCCUUUGGACGUUGUGAAAACGACUCUUCAGGCUCAGAGAUUGAAGAGGGAUGCACCGGGCUAUGAGGGAGUCACGAAAACGUGCAAGAGAAUAUGGAGACAAUCUGGUUUUAGAGGGUUCUACAGAGGACUUGGUCCAACCGUCACUGGGUACCUACCUACCUGGGGUAUCUACUUCACAGUCUAUGACCUUGUGAAAGAUCGAUUACGUGGUUGGGCAGAGCAUGGUGCCCAUCCCAAUGCAGAUGUCGCCCUCAUGCACAUCCUAGCUGCCAUGACAGCGGGUGCCACAGGCACAUGCUUGACAAAUCCAUUAUGGGUGGUAAAAACCAGAUUUAUGGCACAAGCGGUCCUGCCGCCGACUGCUCCACGAUACAAAAACACCUUGGACGCCAUCUUGACCAUCUACCGGACAGAGGGCCUUCGAGCUUUCUACAAGGGCUUGCUCCCGAGUCUCGUAGGCGUUUCUCACGUGGCCAUUCAACUGCCGCUCUACGAGCGCGCGAAAUCCUGGUCAGAUCCGGGAGGAGACCACUCUCAAUUACCUGCCACCACUAUUCUCGCGUGUUCUUCUUUCUCUAAGAUGGUUGCAUCCCUCAUCACUUAUCCUCACGAAGUAUUGCGGACUAGGAUACAGAUCAGUCGUCGAAACUUGGCAGCCCCGGCUGAUUCCUCGCCAUCACCAUCGCCAGCCGCUACCCCAGGUCCCACUUCAUCCAUCCCUGCCCCUGAGUCAAAUCUGCCUGGAACAACUUCUUCUGGCACGCAUACCAAGCCGCCACCUACCUCACCCAGCCCUUCAAGCACUCCUAGACCAGCUUACAACUAUCACGUCCUACCUGUCUCCACCACCCACCAUCCUCAUCUCUACUCACCUCUUUUGGCCGGUUCUCAACCGCCCGUACCGGUUCAUGAUACCAUCUCUCCAACACAGCUCGCGGACGGGAGUGGUAAUGGUCAUCCGAAGAAGUAUUUCGGUCGACGAGGCGGCAUCAUACAUACUUUUCUCAAGAUUCAACGACAGGACGGUUGGCGAGGGUUCUAUCGAGGUCUGAGUAUCAAUCUUGUUCGGACAGUGCCCAACGCUGCUGUAACGUUUCUAACAUACGAAUUGAUCAUGAGGAAUCUAGCCUAGAGCACGAAGUAGUACCGGGAAUGCAUAAUGUAGCGAUCGACAUCUCGAGUCGAGCACUUUACCCGAUGGCCUUGAAGAGUCCUUCGAUGACAGUGGAGAACGCCAUGGCACCUGGAUCAGGUGGCAACUCCUUUCUAUCUUCCCUCUCUCCCACAUAUGUCGCUCGACCCAGCUUGGCUUGCAUACUGACAGUUGCCAUUGAACCCUCUUUACAGGCUUUGGCAGCCUUGCCCAGAUCUCCAGUGGAUGCCAAUGUAUC